GGAUCAGAAGCUGAACUUCUUCAAUCUGAGAUCAUUUCAUCGUGUCAGCAGAAAUGGGUGACUGGUUUAAAUUUCUGCUGUCGCACAAGGUUCAUCUUUGUUCUCAAGGCUACAGGAUUCAAACCGUUCCAGUCACAGACAUGAGUCGGUUUUAUUUAUUCUUUCUGAUGCUCAUCAUUGCUCUUAUUUCACCACAGCCGGUAAGAGGAAAGGGCUGUGUGUGCGAGCUACACAAUUCAGAGUCUGCAUUCCCUGAAAACAAGCUCAGCAACGUAGAGAUCAUUGCCAAGGAGUGUAUAAGAAACAUCAGUUCAGAAAAGAGGACAGAAGGUGACAGACUUGUGCUGGGUCUACAACAUCGUAUACAACAUCUAAACGAGAAUGUGUCCAUGCUGGAAAAAGAAGACGAUGGAAAUCUGUAUGCGGCUGUGUCUCUGCGCAUCAUUCAGUUAGAGUUAGCUGAGAUUCAAGAUCUUCUGGACAAACUCAGCAGAUCCACCAGCAAUAACCAGCAACUCAGUGCAGCGACUGCAGUUCAGCUUCAGGAUAUGAAUGAGACAAUGAUGGAUCUGGAAGACUUUGACCACACACUGGUGAUGGAGAAACAGCGUGAAAACCAGCGUAUUAAAAGAGACCUGAAACUCUGCACGGAUGAGCUCAAUGCUACAUCACCACCUCCUACACUUUCCCCAGGCAACUGUGGUCUGGGUCAGAUGGUAAAUGUGUCGGGACCCAAAACCUAUUCCCUCACGGUAUACGGGACGUCUUACAGUUUUGGUGCUUGGGGCAAGGAUGCAAACCCUGCUCCAGGAGAUGAGAAUAAAUACUGGCUGGUGGUCUUGUCCGCAAGUAAUGUAUUCGGGCACUUUGUCCGCCAAUACAAUAGUAUGAGUACUAUUUUAUUAGGCAUAGGUCCUACAGAUGCGUACAUAUCAAGCUCUAACCCCACAACUAACACAAUUCAGGGACCAAACAUGGUUUUGUAUGGAAAUGCGCUCUAUUAUAACUGUUAUAAUACAUAUUCCGUCUGUCGGUUUAAUUUGACGACUCGCACGGUUAGUAACGUGGCACUGCCGAGUGAUACAGGUUUUAAUAGCAAGUUUCCAUUCGGACAUCUCGGCACAACAUACGGCUAUACAGAUAUGGAUUUUGCCACGGAUGAAUUUGGUGUGUACGUUAUAUACACAACAACAAGCAAUUUCGGGAAUAUAGUCAUCAGUAAAGUUGAGACCAGCACUCCGCCCGUUCUGGGCCAAACCUGGUCAACUUCACUGCACAAAAAAACUGUCACAAAUACUUUCAUGGUAUGCGGUGUGCUGUACGCAACCAGGUAUAUAGACAAAGACAUAGAGGAGAUCUUUUACUCAUUUGACACCAAAACCAACACAGAGCGCUACGAUUGGAGAAUUCAUAUUAGGAAGAUGCAAGCCAAUAUUAAAUAUCUCAACUACGACCCCAGAGAUCAUUUGCUGUACGUGUACAGUGAUGCCUACAUUUUAACACAUGAAAUAAUAUUUGAGUAGGAAUUUGUCUAUUUCCUAAACAAAACAGUCAGUGGCUUCAGAUUUUCACCAUGCAUGUGUAUUUACACUGCUCUCUGUUGUUUGUAUGCAGUACUGCCAUUACACUUGUACUAGUAGUAGCCAAAAUAUAAUGUCUGAAGGGAUAAGGAUUUGUAUAAUAUUUGCUUUGAAUGCCCCCUUCAGGUUAGAUUAAACCAUUAAAAUAUAAGCUGUAUUGACAUGAUUGACAAAACACAAAACUUUAAAGGUAUUAUUGGACAAAAUCAUUUGGCAAAAAGUGUUUUAUAUGACUAUACAAAAAAUGAUAUGUAAUAUUAUUGUAAUACAUUAUUGUAAUACAUGUAAUAAAUCUCAAACUGACUACAA